UCCAGGAUUUCGAAUCGACUGAUAACCUGGUGGUGGCACAAAUGUACGACCUUCUGUGGCAUUAAUAAAAAUUGACUUAGCAUGUAGAGAUAUUACUAGUUAAUUGUAUAAAUUUAAAUCCAAACACUUAGAUAACAAACGUGUUUUCUAAUUAUUAUUAUAUGGUUAAAUUAAAUAUCACUUAAUAGUGCAUUUUCGCUAGACUUUCUGAUAUUUUCAUAAAUUACUGAAUAGUAUGGCCAGAGUUUUAAGUGCACCCCUUAGCGUACUUCCAUGUGAUUGGAAGACAAUGCUCUUUCCAUUCAAUCCGAGUCUUGAAGAUGAACUCAACAGACUCUUCACCAAUUUCUGUCUCAGCCAUGUGCUUGCUAAACCACAAGCAGAGGACAUUUGGGAGGACUUCAGGCACAAUGGACGUGAUUAUGAAUAUUGCCCAGAUCUUGAAGAUACAAAAAUCUUUUAUUAUUCCAAAAAGAAAAAUAAGAAGCCUUUACCAACUGAAUGCGUUUUCUGCAAAAAUAAUGGCGAAGAUGCAAAAAUUUAUAAAACACACCUUCUGAAAGAUACCAAUGGCCGAAUUUUAUGCCCCAUUCUAAGAAAGUAUACCUGUCCAAUUUGCGGCACCAAUGGAGAUCAAGCCCAUACAUUAAAAUAUUGUCCAUUAAAUAAUAAACAAUCUACAACAUUAGCUUCUAUGAAUUCAUUAAAAACUUUACGAAAUUCAACUGGUCGACGUCGUUCGAAAUAAAUUUCAGUGUUAUUAAAGUUCAUUGUUU